AUGGCUCCACUUAGUGGUGAUGUUUCUGGACGUCGCCCGAGCAGGGAGGAUGGUAGCAACAUGACCAGUGACAACAGGCCGGAGGGACCUGACAAUCCCCACCCUGCUACACGGAAGAGAUCGGCCAAUGAGGACACAACGGAUCCUGUUAUCAGUAAGGCCAGAAAGACCAAGGGGCUCGGAGCUAACAAGUCGCGCGCUUCUGCGAGGGUGGUGCCAGUUCCCGCUGAAGAACUCAGCCGUGCUUGGGACGCGGCUAUCCUCAAGGACCGUGUAGAACAUGCAAACAGAGCAAUUAAUCCUGAAUUCGUCCCAUUCGAGCAUGAACCUACUCUCAGUAAGGCCCGCAGGAGGAAGGCACUCCGAGCAAGCAAGGCCGGUCAUCCUGCGCUGGAGACGCCCGCCGAGAAGGACAUUGCUGUAACCUCGGCUCUCGAGGCUGAGGUUGAUGGAUACUCCCUGAGUACCGCUGACGGCGAGCAAUUCGAGAUUCCGAACGCAAGCAUCGCCUCACUGUUACGGCACCAUGUCUCCAACGACGAUAGCUCUACGUUCAGCUGGUGGACGAAUACGUCAAGUUGGGUGGCGGGUCAUGUCCGUGUCUGUGGGGCAAAUAUCUCCAAAGUAUUCCAUUCUCUUUCUGGGAGGAUAAAUACGAAGAAAUUCUCACUCGCUCACUCUAUCGAAGUCAUUCAUACUCAUCCAAUCCUAGUCUGUGUCAUAUCUACCGUGGCCUUUGCCACAAUCCUGAUACUGCUAGGCUGGACUUUGCGUCCGCAUCCCCUCCAGAACAUUACGCAUACCCCGGAAUCCGGGUUAUCUCUGGAAGCGCAGCUGGCCUCUAUUGAUCUCGAUACAGGAUCCAUGACAAUUCAAUGGAAUGUGGACGUCGGCUUUGAUAGUUGCAGAGACUACCCGAAUGUGACCAUCGGUCUGUACUUCGACCAAAAUCUCUUGCUCCCAUCCUCUUCAACCGACUCCUCGAGCCCAACCGACAAUCGACCUUCUGCUCCUGCGUUUAGCAUGAAUAUGACUGAAGCUUGUUACCGGGACCCCCAUGGAAGUUCCCCCUUCUUUCGGACUGAUAUUGCGAUCCAAGCAGACCCGAAUGCGACCCCCGAAUUCUAUCCUCUUGACAAGUACUUUGCGGAUAUCUUCUUAUUUACAGAAAUUGUCAACAACAGCGCGGUUGUCCCAGUGAAUAUUGCAAGGAUAGCCGUAAUCGCCGCGGGAUACAGCACGAGGAUCACCGUGAAACCAGGGACGUCAGCAAAUGCUAAUUGGCUUGAGACUAGGCUUACAAUCACUCGGGCGCUUUCAACUCGUGUAUUCUCUUUGACGUUCGUUGCCACACUCUGGCUCGUGACACUAGGACUCUCUGCGAUGAGCAUGGCUGUGUUGCUACGCAUCGCUAUGAUGCAGGCGCAAGUUGUCCUCACUGUGGCAGCCGGAACUCUAUUUGCAUUCCCUGCACUGCGGUCUAUAUUGCCAGGGGCACCCGCUGGAUCCGGAGCUAUCAUAGGCGAGGACUGCAUAUGCAAUGCAUAUAUAUUUAUUGGCUUACCCUCGUCAGAUUUUGUCGGGACCUUGCCGUGCAUGAUAUUGAUGACCCUCUGCACCAUAACGAUGAUCGGAGUGUAUGGGCUGCGCAAAUCGGGGUCGUCGACGAACUACGAACCCAAUUUGGAACUGCAACAACCAUCUUCCUAA